CCUGAAAUCUCAGGGCCGGCCCUGGCUCGAAUAAAGGCGGCCGACGAACGCGACAAACCGCGAAACUCUUUGAGUCAAUAACGGCGGUUAUCGCGAAAGAAAUUAUCCAUUAACUCGUGGAAUCUAUGUACAGAGUCGGUGGCUCGCCUUAGAGGGACAAAGAUGGAAUGAUGAAGUAGUUGAACGCGUGUUUGACCCCCUUUGUGCGCAGACCGAUGCGACAGUCGGUGCAAUGGGAGUUAAUCGAAAAAAGUAGGCAAGACGAAGAGGGGAACAGCCGAAGAUUGGCUCCGGCGUCGCGUCGAGACGCUUGCAAUUAGCCGGUGCACACGAGGGCACAAUGAUCUAGCCGCUAAUUUCGUCUGACGCCAGCGAGGCGGUACGUCGAGUUGGAUUCUUUAAAAACGACAAGGUGCCACGGGAUGCUUGACACUCGAAUUAAAUACUUAUCGUACCUCAAUGUACACCUCGCGAUUCACGUACGCACUGUACCAUUCAGCAAUCGAAUAUGAAUGAAAUAUUCCUGAUGGAAUUAUUAGUAACAGUCAUUCAAUUAUUAAACACGAGAAAAUAUAAUAAAUACCUUUGCUACUCGUUACCCAUUGGAAAUUUUCACUGGAAAGAACAGAAGGAUGAAAAUCCUUUGAAGGUGUCCUCGGAGCAGUAAUUUCCUUUCCAAAAUUAAUAGCAACAUUUCCGAAACCAUUGGCUGUGAUAAAUGAGAAAUUGAUCAAGAGUAUAGUAAUUAUAUUAGCCCAUCGACGAAUGACUUUCCGACUGGUAUCCGAAGCUGCAAAUAAUUCAAGAACCUGUCACACGCCUAAUCGACCCACGUCCCGCGACUCUGACCGUCGUUAAAGGAAAUCCACCUGCGGAUUCUCGGUAAUCGGUAACGGGAUGUCGUCACGAUUAAGACGUAAUAACGGUGGCGGUAGCCUUCUCACAGCAAUGAUACCGAAUUGUUAUCAAACACGCUCGGAAAUGCGGCAGUCAGGUAAACAAACGCGAUUGCGAGAUGAUCGGUGCGACACGUUCGAGCGGAUAAGCUGGUUGUUAAAAGUCCGAAGGACUGUCGGAGACGACUCGAGUGGAGCAAGGACCAUCGGGAAUCGACGAUCUCGUGCGAUUCGUGUUGUAAACAGGAGAGUGUGUCACAGGCUUUCUUAGUUAAGAAACUGGUGCAAGCGAUGCAUCGUGUGCAACGAGCGAUACGGGCCGCGUUUCUCGCCGCGACUUUGAUCGCGUUCGUACGGUUAUCUGUAGCGGAUUCCAGGCUGUCCUUGCAGUGCAAGAACAUCGCUAGAGACGUGAUUAUGAACAGUUGCAAGGGACCGAGGAUCAAACGAGCCAACCCUAGGUUCGAUCUGGAAAUGAUGGAUGAUGAGAUGGGCAAGCUAGAGCCUACAGAAGCAUCGCAAGACACGGCGCCAAGCGUCCAACAACAGAAACGACAAUUUUUCCCGGAGUCGGUUCCCUCUAUUUCUGGAUUGUUCGGUGGUAUGGGACUUCCGGUGACGAACAUUGCCACCAACACGUUUCACAAAACGGAAGUCAGCGUUCCAGGAAUUGGAUACGCGGAGAAUCAGGAUACCACGAUGGUGGAAGAGAGCUUCGUUCCUGAAUUUCCUAUUUCGUAUCGACCUUCGGGAUCCUAUCCCGUGAUAAGGUCCAGUAAUCCAGACAAACUUCUUGGUUUCGAUUUAAGUUCGGAAGAACUUGAGGAACUUUUCUACGAGGUCGGCGACAGGAUGCCGAGGAAUUCAAAGGAUCUGAAGAAAAAGAUUUUUCAAACAGUCGCUACUAAAUGUUGCCCGAAUCCGAAAUUAUGUUACGAUAAUCCGAGUUUAAUCCCGUGCAUGGGAUAUUAAAACUAAUUGUAAGACUCUUGAGCCACUGCCAAAAAAUGUCGAAUGGAAAUCUUAAGGACACGAUUCUGGGAAACGAAUCGAAAAUCUAUAUUAUCGAUUGUACUUAAAUUCUCAAAUAGACACUCUAUUUGAGAAUCUUUAUACAAUAAAAAAUUCAGAAUUUUUUGGUGUUUGUUUUAGGAUCUUAUA